AUGGGCACGAGGUGUGUACCAGGACACAACAGCCCAAACACUGGAAAGAAACGUCGCUCGGGGCAGCUAGGACAGCCGGGGGACGACGGAUCGCCGGGAGCGCCGCCCGCACCCGGAGGCCCCAACUUAGGGGCCGUCUUGACGCAAACCUGGAUAGUAAUUUCUGUUACAGUAUUACCUCAGCACCGUACCUAUCUGAGCACUUGGUGACCCACCACACUUGUGGUACACCCACAAGUGUGUUCUGAAAUUCGCGAGUUUUUAUUGCCGAAUGUCACGUCAUUUACACUUGACUCCCCUGUGGGUUUUUUGUCCCCCCCCGCCCAGUCCCCUGGACCCCCACCCUGUAUACGUAUUCGAACUGAAACCUUGCAAGUACUGAAAACUACAUACCAUCUUACGCCAUACGCGACUGACACACUUAGGCAGUCAUGUGUUAAAGUGGUAGACCAUUGUAGUUUUGCCACUUCUCUGUGUCCCUCUCACCCCGUGUUUUCGGCUGCGCCCCAAGCGGUCAUUCCUGCUUCCCCACGCCCUGUCCGACCCUGCUGUCCCGCAGCUGCUGUGCCUUCCGGUGGUGGCCUACCGACCGGCGCCGGCCACGCCGCCGGAUACGUACCCCCAGCCCUUUCCCUUAGCGCCCCCACCCAUCCUACCCCACCCGCCCCGCCGCGCCCCCCAGCCGCCCACCCGGGUUACUCCGCGAGCGCCCACCCGUUCCAGCCCGCCCAUCUCUCGCAACCCAUAGGACGGAAAGCUCCCUUCUGCACCCCUCGCGCACCCGCCACCCGGGUAGCGCCAACACACGGACCACCACAAUCCCCCCAACCCCUAACAACUCACCCCAAGCAACCCCACCUAGUCGCAGACCACUCUCAUGCGACCUCACACCCACCCCCCCCGAAGGAUGGACUAUCCAGCAGCACAACACCCACUAGCCAACAAACACACAGCCAUCGCGCCCACAAAACAAUAGAAAGAGUGGCAAGUAGUAAUCCGGGAGAACGACGACGAGCAGCAUACACCCUUGCAAAAUAAAGACAAAAAACAAAGAAAAGAACAAGGAGGAGGAGCACACCUCGGCCGACGAAACCGUGAUGCAGUUAACCCCACCCCACGCUCGGCCCCUCAAGGGGGACGACCAGGCGGACGCGGAGCAGGGCGCGUAGAUGACCACGUGGAAAUUCGGUCAUCAGGGACGGAUCAAGAAGUCCCUCCUCGGACACCCAGCACCGAUCUCCGGGACCGUACCCCUCCCACUCCAACAUAUUGGAGACCCCCCUCCGGAGUAUCAAAUCCAGGAUGGUUAAUCGAACGUUUCCCAGCAACGCGGCGCCCCCUCCGAAGUCCACCCGGCGAGGCAGAGAGGCCGGUCUCCCUCAAAAUACCUCAAGUAACCGGGAGUGGACCAGCUACCACCGGCCUGAGGAGGACACAUGGAAACGAAAGGGAUUAAUAUUCUUGUAAUCAAUAGGUUAGUUCUAACCUGAAAACACCUGUAUCAAACUCCAGCAGGACUGUAAAAGGCCCCACAAAACCGCCGACCAAGACUAUCGGCAGGGCCCAAAAAAAGAGAGGAAAAGGGCGAGAGAGAGAAUUCUGGUUGAGAGGCCGACUCAGAUCUCCAGGUAGAAGUACACACCGGCCCCUCACUGCGGUGUAGGCUCGGCGCUCGUCUAGUCUGUCGAGUAUGGGACGCUGCAAGAUAAGGACGGAGUGCAGCGUUCCACGUCUCAAACCAACCGAAGACGCCGCACCCACUCAUCCACAGGGGGACCUCACAUCUGGCUACUCAUGCCAUACAACAUAAGGGCCCGAAUCCGGUGUACACACCUAAGCAACCCACACAGGAAAGGCGGUAUAGUUGACGUGGAAGGGAUAGAGCCAGAGAGUAUGAGCAGCCUUGCUUGUGUGCACCAAGUCGUCUCCGCGCCGCCAUCAUAUGUACGAGGCGGCAGCAUGUAUCCUGCAUCGACUCCACCGGUCAGCCCCCCACAUGGUCUAUUGGACCUAAGCACGAGGAGCUGGGGCCCAGGGGGCAACCGGAUCACACCAUGAACCACAAAUACUAUUAACGCCGGAGCUGUCAGCGAAUGACCACUCAGCACUCGGCAAGACCCAUGAGAUGUCCACUUGUGGAGACAUAUUGGGACGGAGUAAUCUGUUUUACACAUUAAUCUAUAUCCGGCGCACAGAGUGGUCAACCACAGAAACAUCAGGGAUGACACUUUGUAAGGUGUGUCAGCGUUAGUGGGACAACCACAGCAAUAUUUUCCCAGACAAUUGCUUGAUCCACUCCGGUACUGAUGGGAGUUUGUGCACCUGUUCUCCUAAGCUGCGCACAGUCACCAUUAACAUUCAUACGUAGGACACAUCUCGAGGUACACAUAUUCUUUUCCUCUUGGGGUGGCCACCUAACCCCCUUAGAUUCGCGUAAAAAUUACGUUUGUUUUUUGCACAACACCCAAUCCCACUGUCCUCCUCUUGCUCCAUCUCAGGCGCACCCCAGGAUAGGCGCAAGCACACCCCGGCCCACUCGCGGCACCCCACCGCAGAAGCACCACGAAAACAGUAGCAUGUGUACCGUAGCAAUCACUAUCGCGCUAGCAAGACGGGCAGGCGCCCCGCCACUGGUGGCUGUAAUUCCUGCUAGUGAGUGUCCUAUCACCAACAAAGCCAUGUGAUUAUAUAGUAGUUUAUGUUCGGGAAAUUGAUCCGCGGGCCUAAAGAAACGUGGGCCGGCCAGUUUCCCAUCGCCUGCCGCGAACCAAAUAAGAGGGAUCACCGAUCAGGUCAUCUUCUUAGUGGGCUAGACCCAGCUCGGUAAGUCGAUUUUGUGUGGAUAAAGGCUUAACGAGAUGGCAGAGAUGAGCAGACGUAAACAAACGUAAUCCACACUCCCCUUGGCGUAGGUAAUACGCGGUGAAUAUGCUGUGGGUAACUACGACACAAACGUUCUCACCACGGACUGCCGCCGACCACCCAGACAUGAGACGCAGCGAGGGCCUGGGGCAAGUGACAAGCCAACUGUGGGCAAUCGCGCACUAGACGUUGGCCACCAGUGGUGGCGCUUCGUCCUGGACCGGGUCAGGUGGCACACCUUGAUACUCCUGUCCCCAGAGCACUCGCCACACUACGGGAUAGCCUCACGGGAGCCGGGCACGCGGGGAGUGUGGGGUUGAGCCCACAGUAAGCGUCACGCAGGACACGCCGAGUCAAAUUAGGAAGCACUGAGACCCGCCGCCGCAACCCACCAGCUAUCCACUUACGCCAUAUGCCAGACGUCAAUCCAUGAACGGCCCACAUAGACCCGCGCACUAGACCGCGUUAGAACCGUUACUAAGGGUUAGAACAUCGGUUGUACGUUCUGGGGUGCAUGAGUUUUACUUUGUGUAGGGUACGGUGUGUCGCUUCAAGUGCGUUGCGUGGUGUGCGCUUGUAUUUGUGCAGUGAAUGCGUUGGCCCGUGUGUUAGUGUUGCAUGUGUGUAAACUGGUAGUAGUCGAUGUGACACUAUUGCCUUUGCAUUCAAGUGCUAUUCCAUUGUGUAACACUCUCUUCUACUCUGACAGGUUUCAGUUAUCCAAGAGUCCAAGCUGUCCGAUUGCGUCCGUCCAGGUGCAAGUAGCGACAGAGAUAGCAUGGCGGCAGUUACAUCGUACGGACCGGCUCAUCUACCUCCACUGCCCGCCACGGUCAGCACCCCUGGCUCCUCACCGGCGUCAGCCAGGCAUCCACAGUGUAGUGUGUGUGAUGCUUGCGCAACGCCUUGCGCGGCGUAUGAAGAUGAAGUCGAAUGGGAGCGCGCGGGUACGCAAGACACCACACCAGACUGUCAGAUGUCCCACGUUUUCCGGACGUUGUUACCUUGUGAAAACCCGUGCCUCGGGGACCAUGCGCCAUCUGCUCUCAAUCCCCUGUCCCCUCUAUAGGGCCUUCGCCCAACCGACCUCGGCGACGCGCAAGUAUUUUGGAGAUGUAUAUGAACUAACGAGAGAAAUCUUUGCUACAGGCGCCGCGUACGUCCUUGAAAAAUGUGAUGCAGGUGCAUCCCCAGUGAAGAGAUGUCAGCGGCCAGAGGAUGUUUGCGUCAUCUUGUAUGCCCUAGCCGUCUGCCGAUAGUCGUUAUUCCAGGUUAGGCGCGAAGGAAGGUCUUCAUAACUAAAGACGUGUAAGGCACAGUGUGGCGGGAUUGUGAAUGUGGGUAUGGGAAUUGUGAGUGGCCAACACUGAGACACUUGCGAACAGUCAACGGUGACCUGACCACGUCAUCAUAUGGAGGGCGCCUGUUAAGAACGGGUUGUAUAUGGAUUAGGAUGCACUCAGGACACCUGUCCCCAUACGUCAUAAUCUGUGAUUAAUGAGCUCGCGCCGGAUGAGCUUUCUGUUCAGUUGAGGAGGUUUUAGAAAAUAGAACAUGUGGGGCGGAAGUCAUAGGUGUGAUCUGCGUUCAGAUAAUGUUAUUGUUUGGUUUAGCGACCGCUGAUUGUUGAGGAAGAGGUUAACCAGGAGAGUCAGCCCACCGAGGAUUACCGGCCCCACACACCAAUGGACCAAUAUGGGCGUACCUUUCUAUGUUUGACCGCCCCAUCUACUGUCCCAUCUACGGACACCACUACAGAGCAGCGAGGACCUCUUAGGAUACCCAGGGACUGCAUGAUUUUUCAGAGAAUUUUAGAACCAUAUAGACUUAAAAGAUGCUCGCUCCCUGGCUAUUGUUUCUUCCCUACCCAAUUUAUUUUUUCCUAUAAAUGAUCAACCGACCCACAGAGAAUACCAUAUUAUUCUGCUUUCCAUGUGUGCAUUUUCAAAAAAUGCCAGCUUAGUCAAUGAAGCAGUCUUCAAUGUAUUUCCCAAUAUCAGGGUUGUAUUGUUUUUGUGGUAUUGGAGGGUGGUACUUGCAACACCAUUUGUAGGUUUGAUUUCCCUCAUGGCCCCCCAUAUUAUUACUGGAUAUACAGUACCAGUCAAAGGUUUGGGCCAUACCCUACUCAGUCAAGGGUUUUUCUUUAUUUAUUACUUAUUUUUACAUUGUAGAAUAAUAGUGAAUGACCAUCAAAACAUGAAAUCAAGGCAACGGGGGGCUACUUUUGAAGAAAGAAUCUCAAUAUAAAUAGUAUUUUGUUGUUAACACUUUUUUUGGUUACUACAUGAUUCAUAUGUGUUAUUUCAUAGUUUUGAGUCCUCUCACUAUUAGAAAAAUAGUAAAAGUAAAGGAAAACCCGGAAUGAGUAGGUUGGUUGUGUUCCAAACUUUUACUGGUAUGUAUGUGUGAAACUGUCAGUUGUAUGGGAUAAAAACAGACACUGUAAUUAGCCCUCCCUUGGUUCGUCGACCGGGGAGAACCAUGAGGCGCGCACAAUUGGCCCAGCGUCGUCCGGUUAGGGGAGGGAAGGAGUUGGCCGGGCCGGGGAUUGCCCUUGUCCCAUCGCGCUCUAGGCGACUCUUGUUGGGCUGACUUCUGUCGCCAGUUGACGUGUUUCCUUGACGCAUUGGUGCGGCUGGGCUUUGGUUAACGAGCAGGCUAGCAGUGUGUCAAGAAGCAGUGCGGCUUGGCAGGGUCGUGUUUCGGAGGACGCAUGGCUCUCGACCUUCGCCUCUUCCCGAGUCCAUAGGGGAGUUGAGCGAUGGGACAAGGACUGUAACUACACUUGUGUGAGAGAAAAAGGGGUCCAAAAACCGGUUCGUUUAAUUGACAUUUGUUGCAGUGAUAUUAUUAUGCAUUUAAUUUUCAUCAUACUGUGCAUGUUACGGUCUUCUUGACUCAAUAGGCUGGUGGUAAGGCUCUCGGCAAGGUGCCACCUCCUAUUCCUACCAAGCCCCCGACCUUCGGCAAACCGCCCUACAGCACAGGCACCUUCCCGGGCAAGGCCAAACCGGCCACCUCCCUCCAUCUGUGUGCACCUCCGCCCAUUCCCAUCCACAGCCACACCCUGCCUCUGCCCCCAAAGCAGGAGGCUCUUCCAGCAGCUACGGUGCGCCCCUUCACCUCGGAUCCUCCAGAGUCCACAGCAGCAGUGCCUGUCCUCCAGAAGCCACAGACUGUGGCGGCCUCCUCCAUCUACUCCAUGUACACCCAACAGCCCAGGACAGGCGGGGGCACACUGACACGCACGCAGCCCAGAGGUAAGAGAAGGAGCCAUGUAGUGUAUGACCUAUGACCUCCUAUGACUCCUGGAUCUUUACUAUGUUACUAAACUGAGUAAUUCAAUCAAAUCAUUCUGCAUUUUCUGUUAUUGUUUAGCAAAAUACCUGUCUUAAAUUUCCCUACUAACAGCCUUACGCUCUUUUAAAAGAUGUAAUGGUGAUUGUGUUAGUGUGCUAGAUUGUUUUAUUGCUAUGAAGCAGCUUCCUUGAUCCCAUUAGCACGCAUUGACCAUUCACUCUCUCUCUGAUAGUGUAUGGAAAGCCAGUCAUCCCUGGCAGUGGGGGGCAGCAGUCGCUCCUCCAGGACUCCACCUAUCUGGGGGCCGGCGAUUUCGAGGUGGACCAGGGGGGUCCCGGCCUGGCACCUCCGGCCCCCGAGAGCCAGUGGGGCCAGGAGACAGAGCGGGCCCCUCGUCCGCUCAGCCCCACAAAGCUCCUCCCCUUCAUCUCGCACCCCCACCGGCACCCCAGCGACGCCGACCUGGAGGCCCUGCGCCGCCGGCUGCACCAUGCCCCGCGGCCCCUCAAGAAGCGCAGCUCCAUCACAGAGCCUGAGGGCCCCGCGGGGCCAAACAUCCAGAAGCUGCUCUACCAGAAGACCACACUUGCCGCCAUGGAGACUGUUGUGGCGUCCCCCUACGAGGGUGAAGGUGGAGGAACAUGGAAGGAGGGAGCCAGUGCCGGUGGAGCCCCAGACCGCACUGGUACGUCCCAAGUUUUUACCGCCGCAGCGUCCCUCGCUGAGACUGAGGAAGACGCACAGGUGCCUCCUCCUCACCCCCCCCACUCGCCCAUCCCAGAGCCCUCUUCCUCCUCCAGCCACACCCUGCCCCCGUCGCUGGAGGAAGAGGAGCCGGAGCCCUGCCCCCCGCCCCCCCAUCAGCCAGAAGCCUACAUGGAGGAGUACCCACCCUACCCGCCCCCUCCAUACCCCAGCACGGGGGAGCAGGACCUGGGGGAGGACACCCUCAGCAUGCAGGCUCCAGAGGUCACAGGACAGGUUACUCUGCCACCGGUAUGUAGCCACACCCACAUUCUAUGUCCAAAUAGCUCAUACUAGCAUACUGCAUAGUAUGAGGUCAUGUUUUAGCCAACCAUACUAAAAUGUGUGCUGGUAUGGAUAUUGGGUUACACGGAUGGUGAAAUAUUUGGUAUUGGGAAACCAUUUUGAUUGAUGUAUUGUUUGGAGGGGGGGCGGCAGGUAGCUUAGUGGUUAAGAGCGUUGUGCCAGUAACCGAAAGGUCGCUGGUUCUAAUCCCCGAGCCGACUAGGUGAAAGAUCUGUCGAUGUGCCCUUGAGCAAGGCACUUAACCCUAAUUGCUCCUGUAAGUCGCUCUGGAUAAGAGCGUCUGCUAAAUGACUUAAAAUGUAAAUGUGACAUACAGUAUUAUGUAUUUAUAGUGGCAAAUGUAGCAACGCGCAUGCCCCGCCCACCUGAUGAUCUGUCUUUUUCAGCCAUCUGUGUUUGAAGGGUGUAAAAUUCACUUGUCCCUAGGGCCGUUGCGGUGAGCGUAUUACCUCCACACCGGCAGUCAUGAGUCAUGACCGCAGUAAAAUUCCAUGUGACUGAGUCAUGGUAAUCUCCUCUUAUACACUCUGGACAUACUGUAUGUUAGUAGUACCCAACAAGCUAACGACCAUCAGGUCGCUAAUGGCCUGGUACUCAGCGCUCUAUCUUCCCUCUAACCACUCUGACAUCAAUGCAAAUAAAAUCGAAAAUCACAUCAAACACUUUAUCAUCAAAACAGCAUCAUGGUUUUAAAACUCACCUCACUGUGAUGAUCAAUUUGAAGAAAGAAGUUCAACAGCAGGUUGAAACUGAGUGAAAAACAUGGUCGUUGUGGAUGUUGUUUCAAAGCCUGACAUAAUGAAAUGGACAGUGCUUUCUAAGGUGAUUUUUGUAUUAAACAUACGCAUUAUUAAUAAAUUGUUCCGUAUACAAUCAUGCCCUACCGCAUCUUUACGCACGGCAGAUUAGAUUCUUGGUACACAAUUAGUCUAGCCUAUAGCCAAAAAUUAAACAAUCUAGUAAUGAUGUGGCCUGUAUGAUUAUGCAUACUGGAUGGACUUGGUUACCUAUGCUACGGCUCCAAACUUUCUAUUCAUGAGUCUGGGAGAGAAUUUAUAGGCCUAGGCGAUUCUGUUGGUUCAUUGAUUGUGCUGGGUGGCUUACAGAGUUAACCUACAAUUAUAGUGAAUUUGAUUUUGAAUAGCCGAGUAAUAGGGAAUUUUUCAUAUUUUUAUAUUAAUAGGCUGACACAUUAACUUUAGCUACAGAAUAUAUCACCACCGUGCGUUUCACAUCUCCUACUCUACUCUCGCUUCUUCAUUCCUUUCUCGAGCGUUCAGAGAGAGGGGCUGUCAACAGUUUAAUGAAAUAUGUUUAGUGUGAAAACAUGUUGCUAUUGAUGUUACCGAAAAUACACCCAGUGUAUUUAUGCAAAUGAGGCACAUAUCAUUUUAUUUUUUAGCACACAAAAAAAAAUACCUGAUACAAUAACAAAAUGUAUAUAUUGAAUGCAUAAAAAAAAUGACAAAUUGAAUACCUGAAUUUCCACCAAAGACCCUGAACUCCAUUCAUUAUUUGUCCGAGCCAGUAAAAUGUUGCAUGUGCUAUAAUUCAGUCAAUAUCUCAUGGAUAAUACCAAUUCUAAAAGUUUGGAGGAUCUUCAUCCAUUGUCCAACUGUUGCAUUUAUUGUAAUAAAUUGUAAAACCUUUUAGCAAUUUCGAUGACCAUAGCUAGCAGAUGUCACUGCAUUAUAUUGUAAUUGUGAAACAUCUAUACUCCUCUCCUCCUACUCCCCUCCUGCAGGGCAAAGAGGACCAACCUGCGCAAGGUCGGCUCGGAGCGCAUCGACCACGGCAUGCGGGUCAAGUUCAACCCCCUGGCCCUGCUGUUGGACUCAUCUCUGGAGGGCGAGUAUGACCUGGUGCAGAGGGUCAUCUAUGAUGUGAGUUUAUUUGAUUUUUUUUAUGUGUGGGCCAGUCCCACUCCUUUUAAUUGAAGAGAUAGUGUUGGGAAGAUAAGGGGGGUGGGGAGUCGAAGGGCUGUUGGCCGGAUUCGAACUCCGUGAUGUGAAUUUUACAUGUCCCCGAGUGGCGCAGUGGUCUAAGGCACUGCAUCGCAGUGCUAGCUGUGCCACUAGAGAUCCUGGUUCGAAUCCAGGCUCUGUCGUAGCCGGCCGCGACCGGGAGACCCAUGGGGCGGCGCACAAUUGGCCCAGCGUCGUCCAGGGUAGGGGAGGGAAUGGCCGGCAGGGAUGUAGCUCAGUUGGUAGAGCAUGGCGUUUGCAACGCCAGGGUUGUGGGUUCGAUUCCCACGGAAGGGGCCAGUAUGAAAAAAAAUAUAUCUAAGAAUAAUGCAUGCACUAACUGUAAGUCGCUCUGGAUAAGAGCGUCUGCUAAAAAAAACAUAUAUAUGUAUAUAUAUAUAUAUAUAUAUAUAUAUAUAUAUAUACAUCAUUAGCCCAGCUAAUAUCCGCUGUUUCAAUGUUAAUACUACAGACUGGAUAACCUCAGACGACUCUUCCACACAACCGUCCCAUAAGCAAAGGCUUUGCAAUGCCGCUGCAAGUAAUACUUAAGUAGUACUCUUAAGCAACUACAAACGCUGGUCUACGUCCGUCAAAACGCUUAUCUUAGAAGUUGCCCUUAGACACAGUUAUAGGAUCUGCUAAAACCUACCCAAAUCCUAACCUCAACCAUGUUGCCCUUGGGCACAGAUCUAAGAUCAGCUAAUCCCUAACAUCAACCGUAAGGGGUAAAGACAGAUAACUGACCUUGUCUAGGAAAUGUUUUGAAGCCUAUUAACUUUGUGCCUUAUAGGUGGAUGACCCCAGCCUGCCCAAUGACGAGGGCAUCACAGCCCUGCACAACGCCGUCUGCGCCGGCCACACCGAGAUCGUCAAGUUCCUGGUGCAGUUUGGCGUGAACGCCAACGCUGCCGACAGCGAUGGCUGGUGAGCCAUUGUCACUUUACAGUAGCCAGUGUCACAUUACAGUGGCUGUUGUCCCUUUACAGUAUAUUUAAAGUGGCUGUUGUCCCUUUACAGUAUAUUUAUAGUGGUUGUUGUCCCUUUACAGUAUAUUUAUAGUGGCUGUUGUCCCUUUACAGUAUAUUUAUAGUGGCUGUUGUCCCUUUACAGUAUAUUUAUAGUGGCUGUUGUCCCUUUACAGUAUAUUUAUAGUGGCUGUUGUCCCUUUACAGUAUAUUUAUAGUGGCUGUUGUCCCUUUACAGUAUAUUUAUAGUGGCUGUUGUCCCUUUACAGUAUAUUUAUAGUGGUUGUUGUCACUUUACAGUAUAUUUAUAGUGGUUGUUGUCACUUUACAGUAGCCAAAAUCACUUUACAGUAGCUGUUAUAAAAGCUCUUGUCACCCCCAGCAACCAGUAGCACGUCACAUCCAAGACUGUCUCAAUGUGUUCAUGUGGCUGAUGUUAUCCAGUCGCCCACUAUUACUGAAGAGUUAUUUUUAUCUCUCCCCUCCUUCCCUCCCCUACUCUCCCUCACCCAUCCUCUUGCUCUCAUCUCCUCCAACUCUCCCACCUUGUUCCCUCUCUUCCCUCCUCUCUUCCUCUACCUCCCUUCCGUCCGUCCCUACCUCACUCUACUUCUCCGUGUCUGUCUCUCUCCCAGGACUCCCCUGCACUGUGCGGCCUCCUGUAAUAACGUGCAGGUGUGUAAGUUCCUGGUGGAGUCCGGGGCUGCUGUGUUCGCCACCACCUACAGUGACAUGCAGACAGCGGCCGACAAGUGCGAGGAGAUGGAGGAGGGCUACGCCCAGUGCUCCCAGUUCCUCUACGGUGAGACCGCUAGUGUUCGCUGACUGGAGACAAAGCGCAAACAUUAUUUGCUCAAAACAAUAAAACACUCAGUGUGCCUGUUACUCUUUUUCCCUUUUGCAACCGACUCGACCCCUCCGCUUGUUUACAGAAUUCAGCUACCCUCACCUACUCCAACUAACGUUCGGUCCUCCAUAACGUUUUAGCGGAAAUUGAAUCUUAACGGCUUGUUCCUGACGAGGUGGGUGGGACUUUGUGUCGAUGCAGGUGUACAGGAGAAGAUGGGCAUCAUGAACCGUGGGGUGGUGUACGCCCUGUGGGACUACGAGGCCGAGGACGAUGACGAGCUGGCCUUCCAGGAAGGCGACUGCAUGACGGUGCUGCGGCGCGAGGACGAGGACGAGAUAGAAUGGUGGUGGGCCCGCUGCGGAGACCGAGAGGGCUACAUUCCAAGGAACCUGCUAGGGGUGAGCAGGAGAGAGGGGAGGAACACUAGCCUGGCCACACAUACAGUGCAUUCGGAAAGUAUUCAGACCCCUUGACUUUUUCCAAAUUUUGUUACGUUACAGCCUUAUACUAAAAUUGAUUACUUUUAAAAAUCCACAUCAAUCUACACACAAUACCUCAUAAUCACAAAACGAAAACAGGUUUUUAGAAAUUUUUACAAAUGUAUAAAAAACUACAUUUAGCUCAGGUGCAUCCUGUUUCCAUUGAUCAUCCUUGAGAUGUUUUUACAACUUGAUUGGAGUCCACCUGUGGUAAAUUCAAUUAAUUGGAUGAUUUGGAAAGGCACACAUCUGUCUAUAUCAGGUUCCACAGUUGACAGUGAAUGUUAGAGCAAAAACCAAGCCAUGAGGUCGAAGGAAUUGUCCAUAGAGCUCAGAGACAGGAUUGUGUCGAGGCACAGAUCUGGGGAAGGGUAUCAAACAUUUCUGCAGCAUUGAAGGUCCCCAAGAACACAGUGGCCUCCAUCAUUCUUAAAUGGAAGAAGUUUGGAACCACCAAGACUCUUCCUAGAGCUGGCCGCCCGGCCAAACUGAGCAAUCGGGGGAGAAGGGCCUUGGUCAGGGAGGUGACCAAGAACACGAUGGUCACUCUGACAGCUCCAGAGGGACUGGGGAGACUAGUCAGGAUCGAGGGAAAGAUGAACGGAGCAAAGUACAGAGAGAUCCUUGAUGAAAACCUGCUCAGGACCUCAGACUGGGGCGAAGGUUCACCUUCCAACACGACAAUGACCCUAAGCACACAGCCAAGACAACGCAGGAGUGGCUUUGGGACAAGUCUCUGAAUGUCCUUGAGUGGCCCAGCCAGAGCCCGGACUUGAACCCGAUCGAACAUCUCUGGAGAGACCUGAAAAUAGCUGUGCAGCGACUUUUCCCCAUCCAACUUGACAGAGCUUGAGAGGAUCUGCAGAGAAGAAUGGGAGAAACUCCCCAAAUACAGGUUGCCAAGUUUGUAGCAUCAUACCCAAGAAGACUUGAGGCUGUAAUCACUGCGAAAGGUGCUUCAACAAAGUACUGAGUAAAGGGUCUGAAUACUUAUGUAAAUAUGAUAUUUUAUUUAUUUAUUUUUUAUACAUUUGCAAACAUUUCUAAAAACCUGUUUUUGCUUUGUCAUUACGGGGCAUUGUGUGUAGAUUGAUGAGGAGAAAAAACUAUUUAAUCCAUUUUAGAAUAAUGCUGUAACAUAACAAAAUGUGGAUAAAGUCAAGGGGUCUGAAUACUUUCCGUAUGACGGAAUACUUUCCGAAUGCACUGUCUUCUCCACCCCUAGUUCCUAAGCCCUAGGCACUCCUGUAGAUCUGAAAUGAUUGGAUAGGUGUAAGAAAUGUGGCAAAACUCAUAAGCAGGGUGAAGAGGGGUCAAUUUGGAAUUCAGCAGUAGUCAGUAGUGUGUUUCUGUGGGCUGCAGCUCCAUAUUGUAUUCAGAGCAGUGGUUUAGUAUAGGAAAAGUGGACAUAUACAUAUCCGGUGGUUUUGACCAGGGGGCAUUUCCACAAAACGUCUAAGAGGAGGAAUGCUGAUCUAGGAUCUGUCCAUAUACUGUAAAACUUCCAUUAAAUGCCGAGCCUCCAACAAACGCUGGUCUCUUCUAAUGGCCGGGCAUCGCAAAGUAAAUGGCAGUCUCUAUUAAAUGCAGGGUCAAAAAAGAGUCAUUACCAGUAGGUUAUGCAUGCACACAUUUUGUCGCACUGCUCCAGUGGAAUUCCACAGCAUCUCUACCAAAGUUGAUUAAUUGUUUUUCAAGCCUCUCUCUCUACCUCGCGCUGGAUGAUUGAUCCCUACCUGCCAAAAUGCAAUUCUGUCUGUGUAGCCAGCGAAGAAAACUGACCACCGGGGUACAGUUAGAGGUUGGAUAUUAGACAGACAUUCGGCUCUAUGGGGCUAGUUAGAGAUACAGUGAGGGGAAAAAAAGUAUUUGAUCCCCUGCUGAUUUUGUACGUUUGCCCACUGACAAAUAAAUUAUCAGUCUAUAAUUUUAAUGGUAGGUUUAUUUGAACAGUGAGAGACAGAAUAACAAAAAAAAAAAUAAAAAAAUAUUAAUUGAUUUUCAUUUUAAUGAGGGAAAUAAGUAUUUGACCCCCUCUCAAUCAGAAAGAUUUCUGGCUCCCAGGUGUCUUUUAUACAGGUAACAAGCUGAGAUUAGGAACACACUCUUAAAGGGAGUGCUCCUAAUCUCAGCUUGUUACCUGUAUAAAAGACACCUGUCCACAGAAGCAAUCAAUCAAUCAGAUUCCAAACUCUCCACCAUGGCCAAGACCAAAGAGCUCUCCAAGGAUGUCAGGGACAAGAUUGUAGACCUACACAAGGCUGGAAUGGGCUACAAUACCAUCACCAAGCAGCUUGGUGAGAAGGUGACAACAGUUGGUGCGAUUAUUCGCAAAUAGAAGAAACACAAAAGAACUGUCAAUCUCCCUCGGCCUGGGGCUCCAUGCAAGAUCUCACCUCGUGGAGUUGCAAUGAUCAUGAGAACGGUGAGGAAUCAGCCCAGAACUACACGGGAGGAUCUUGUCAAUGAUCUCAAGGCAGCUGGGACCAUAGUCACCAAGAAAACAAUUGGUAACACACUACGCCGUGAAGGACUGAAAUCCUGCUGCGCCCGCAAGGUUCCCCUGCUCAAGAAAGCACAUAUACAGGGCCAUCUGAAGUUUGCCAAUGAACAUCUGAAUAAUUCAGAGGAGAACUGGGUGAAAGUGUUGUGGUCAGAUGAGACCAAAAUCGAGCUCUUUGGCAUCAACUCAACUCGCCGUGUUUGGAGGAGGAGGAAUGCUGCCUAUGACCCCAAGAACACCAUCCCCACCGUCAAACGUGGAGGUGGAAACAUUAUGCUUUGGGGGUGUUUUUCUGCUAAGGGACAACUUCACCGCAUCAAAGGGACGAUGGACGGGGCCAUGUACCAUCAAAUCUUGGGUGAGAACCUCCUUCCCUCAGCCAGGGCAUUGAAAAUGGGUCGUGGAUGGAUAUUCCAGAAUGACAAUUACCCAAAACACACGGCCAAGGCAACAAAGGAGUGGCUCAAGAAGAAGCACAUUAAGGUCUUGGAGUGGCCUAGCCUGUCUCCAGACCUUAAUCACAUAGAAAAUCUGUGGAGGGAGCUGAAGGUUCGAGUUGCCAAACGUCAGCCUCGAAACCUUAAUGACUGGGAGAAGAUCUGCAAAGAGGAGUGGAACAAAAUCCCUCCUGAGAUGUGUGCAAACCUGGUGGCCAACUACAAGAAACGUCUGACCUCUGUGAUUGCCAACAAGGGUUUUGCCACCAAGUACUAAGUCAUGUUUUGCAGAGGGGUCAAAUACUUAUUUCCCUCAUUAAAAUGCAAAUCAAUUCAUAACAUUUUUGACAUGCGUUUUUCUGGAUUAUUUUGUUGUUAUUCUGUCUCUCACUGUUCAAAUAAACCUACCAUUAAAAUUAUAGACUGAUCAUGUAUUUGACAGUGGGCAAACGUACAAAAUCAGCAGGGGAUCAAAUACUUUUUUCCCUCACUGUAUAUAUCCAACUUCAAACUAACUUUACCACGAUCCACUUCGCCACUUUGUAGCCUAACAUUUGCAGUGCGUUCUAAAUGUAAGUGUUUUAAUUAGCAAACGGGACUGUCUGGGAACUUAAUGACAGUAGCUGUUUUUAUCAACUUGUAGAGCUAGAAACUCAAAUUAUAACAGGGUGAGCUCUGCGUUUAAAGCAAAUAAACGCCUGGGCACUUAAAAAAAGUUUACUGGUAAUCUUAUUCAUUAUGGCAAAUUAAAUGUCAAAAGUCCUACUCUGAGAUGUUGUGAAUACUGCCACCGGUGCUGGAGGUCAAAGAAUAUGUUCAGUGAAAAGUAUAAAACCGCAACUUGCAAUCUAUUUCUGAGGGGGAAAAAUUACCCUUGGGGGUCUACUUCUCUGAUUAGAAGACUGGUGAAGACCUAACAUUUCUUAGUCACACAUGCCUUGUAAAGACCUACCAGCUCCUUGCGUAACCCCCUUGACAAAAACAUAUCUGCCAUUUCACAUACGGAGAUCCCUCAUCUGGCAAGGAUUCAUAGAUUUCUUUAACUAGUGGGGGAAAUCCUGUCACUUAAGAAUAUUAUGUAAUAAUGCUGAAUCUAAAUUGAGACCAUCUAAAUGAGAAUCUCAGCCCCCUGCUUACCAUAGUUAUAUGAUCUUUUAAAUUGUAUUUUCUUCUUCUUAGCUGUAUCUGA